CCCGCGCCGCCUCGUCCAGCUCGGCCCGGCUCCCGCCCAGGCGGCGGCGACGCGACGCCCCGAGCGCCCGCCCCGCCGCCGCGGCCGGCAGGUCCGUCGUCCAGGCCUUUCAGACACCCUGGCAGGUGCUGCGCCAGACGCUGCCUCUGAGGUUGGCCCGCCCCCCCAGGAGGCAGAUAGCCCCCCACUGUAGGUUUCGAUUAGCUCUUUGCGCUCGGGGGCCUUCGUGUGGAGCUGUGAACUCCGCUUCCCGCGUCUCCCGCCCGUCCCCCUGCCCGGUGGGCUUUACGGCCAUGGCAACGGAGGAGAAGAAGCCAGAGACGGAGGCCGCCAGAGCACAGCCCACCCCUUCCUCCUCGGCCACGCAGAGCAAGCCGACCCCCGUGAAACCCAACUAUGCUCUCAAGUUCACCCUGGCCGGCCACACGAAAGCCGUGUCCUCCGUGAAAUUCAGCCCGAACGGGGAGUGGCUGGCAAGUUCGUCUGCUGAUAAACUCAUUAAAAUUUGGGGAGCGUAUGAUGGAAAAUUUGAGAAAACCAUAUCUGGUCACAAGCUGGGCAUAUCGGAUGUGGCCUGGUCGUCAGAUUCCAACCUCCUUGUUUCCGCCUCGGAUGAUAAAACCCUAAAGAUCUGGGACGUGAGCUCGGGCAAGUGUCUGAAAACCCUGAAGGGCCACAGUAACUAUGUCUUUUGCUGUAACUUCAACCCCCAGUCCAACCUCAUCGUCUCGGGCUCCUUUGAUGAAAGUGUGAGGAUCUGGGACGUGAAAACAGGGAAGUGCCUCAAGACUUUGCCUGCGCACUCAGACCCCGUCUCCGCGGUUCAUUUUAAUCGGGAUGGAUCCUUGAUAGUGUCAAGUAGCUACGACGGGCUCUGUCGGAUCUGGGACACCGCCUCGGGCCAGUGCUUGAAGACGCUGAUCGAUGACGACAACCCCCCUGUGUCCUUUGUGAAGUUCUCUCCAAACGGCAAGUACAUCCUGGCCGCGACUUUGGACAACACGCUGAAGCUCUGGGACUACAGCAAAGGGAAGUGCCUGAAGACGUACACCGGCCACAAGAAUGAGAAAUACUGCAUUUUUGCCAAUUUCUCAGUCACUGGAGGGAAGUGGAUCGUGUCUGGUUCCGAGGACAACCUGGUGUACGUGUGGAACCUGCAGACGAAGGAGGUCGCACAGAAGCUACAGGGCCACACGGACGUGGUGAUCUCGACGGCGUGCCACCCGACGGAGAACAUCAUCGCCUCAGCGGCGCUGGAGAAUGACAAGACCAUCAAGCUGUGGAAGAGCGACUGCUAGACGCCCGGCGCUGUGGGCGGUCAGGACGGUGGCCGGUGGCCCAGCGCGGCGUCUGGAAGGGGCCCUUGCGUCUGGGCCUGGG